GUCUAGAAUCUGGAAGGGUUACUGUUAGGCACCUGGUAUAUAGUUGGCACAUUUAUUCAGAAUCCAGACGAGGCAUAUGCAGGACUAAUGCUGAUCCCCUGUCAAGGGGAUUUAAUCUGGUUAGCGUUUAGCCAUCUGUGUCUAAUCUCAGCCGACACAAGAUAAAGCCUCAGAGGACCGAAGUGCGGCAUGGCUGAGUGCUCUUGUUAGGCCACCAUGCCAGUGUUUUACACCCCAAUACCCCAGAAUCUGAGAGUGGGUCUGGCCCAUGCCAGUGGUGCCAUAUUCAUCAACAAUAAAACAAGAGAUAGCGGUUACCCGGGGGGACACGGAGUAGAGAAUGAAGUUUACAGCAAGGCUUCAACUCACCUGCCUCUACAGAUGCUUCUCCACUUCAAUAUGUUCUUCUUCCCUUUCUGGUCACUCUCCGAGAUCGUCAUGCUACAUUUAAAGUUUACGCUCCUGCCUGGAUACUACCAGUGUCUCAUGGUGAGUGGAAUCAUGAUAAUUAGCAUACUUGAGGUUCUGCGUGUGUACCUUGGAUACAUUGGGAACCUAAAAGAGAAGGUCCCAGAGCUUGCUGCUUUCUGGCUGAUCUCUAUAGCCUUCCAGCUACCCAUCCUACUCUUCUUUCUGACGGAUGAAGGCCUGAUAAUCCUCCCUCUAGAGCGAGCAGUGCACUCUCUGUACCUGGCCUUUAUCCUGGGCGAGGUGUUUUCCUCAUUCUUGGCUCUGAGGGUCAUGGCACGAGAACUCACAAUGCAGUUCCACCUCAGGCAGUUUGGGCAUGUAGACACAUCCACUAUGUUUAGCUUUUCUUGUGGAAACAGGAGUGUGUUACCAGUUCCUAUAGUCAGAGAUGUCCAUUAACUUAUAUAAGGCUUUUGCACAUUCUUGAUUUAGAGGUCCUACAGUAAUGCCAAGAUUGCUCAAAGUUUCAACGUAGGAGAACUUAGGAGAAUUUUUUUUAUUUCAGUUCAAUAAUAUAUAAUUGUAUAAUUGAAGUUUCUUCGUUAUUCUAUUUUAGGGGUUUCUUAGAUAAGUGCAUUCAGUAUAUUUUAGGUUUGAGACCUCUUUUGUGUUUUAUGGCGUUGAGAAAGUGCAAUUUGUUUUUUAUUUACCUCAGGAUUGAAUUUAUGUGGUGGGGGACCAAAAACUAACCUGAAAUUCUCACAAAUAUUCUGCAAAAGAUUACCAUUUGACGUUCCACUGGUUACAGGGGUAUAACUUGAUUGAAAUAUUUAUAUUUGUAAAUGAUGUCUAAAAAAAUGCAUUUGAUAUUAACCAGAGUGAAACAUGAUCUAUUAUAGGGUUCCUCAAAUUUGCAGAGUUUCAUUCGUUUACAUUUCCAACAUUUGUCAGAUGCCCUUAUCCAGAGUGUCUUCAGUGGGGUUAAGAGCCUUGCUCAGGGGCCCAGAAGUGGCAUCUUAGUGUGGCUGAACUUGCAACAUUUGGAGCCAAAGUCCAAUGCUUUAACCACUACCGCUAUCACCUCCCCAGUCCAUUCAUUCCACCCAAAUCACCUCUGUUUAAAGUUUUAGUAAUCCUGAAGCCCUUGGUUAGGUUCCUCAGGUGUUUGUUUCGGUUUGGAGCAAAAACUUUGCAGGACAGUGGACUAUAAAGGGCCUUAAUUUGAGAAUUUGAGUCAUCCUUCAUUUUCACUCUGUGACUGUGACAAAUGAUUCCCAAGGAGUUUUUGAAUAUUAGAUGCUUUGAGGUUUGUGAUUUGGUUACAGAGCAACCCACAAAUAGUAGGAUUUGAUCUUUUUUUUAUGUCCUGCCUUAUAUUUUAAAUUCCUGGUUUAAACAUUGGGUGCCACUAUUAUGCAACCUGACCAGCUUCCCUUUACUUCUUUCCUCUUUUCAAGAAAUCUUUAACAUUGAUCUUACUGAGGUUCUAAAUAGACAUAAAAAUAUCAAGGGAAAAAAGUAAGAAAGCACACAUUUGGACACAGACUUGAAUAUCUACUGUAGGAAUGAAGCAAUGACAGAAUUUAAGUAGUAAAUGAAAUCUAUUAUAAAUUCUUGAUGGAAUAUACACAAUUUCCUGCAAAAAUCUGCCUUGAAAUUUCAUCACACAAACCUAAAUAUUCAAUUAAACUACUCAAUAUUCAAUAACUUGGCCUUUUACUUGUUCUGUACAAAUAACCAGUGUCUCAAUAUUAUUUUGGAGAAAAUUACUGGCACCCUUCACUCCUGCUGUGUAAUACACAUCACGAUCACAUGGUGGCGCAAUAAAACAAUUACAAACA